GAAAGUAAUUUGGUGGAAAUUUCUGUGGAUACAAGCAUGACUGCACCACAAGCUGCUGGUGUCAUUCAUUCUGACUUUGAGAAAGGUUUUAUUAGAGGUGAGACUGUUGCGUAUGAAGAUUUUGUCACUGCUGGGUCUAUAGCAGCAGCAAGAGAAAAAGGACUUCUGAGAUCAGAGGGUAAAGAGUACAUAGUUAAAGAAGGAGAUGUGAUGCUUUUCCACAAGCUACAGCUGAUACUUCAAAUACUUUGUGUGUGGGUUCAGUUUGAGGCUGCUUGGGCAUUGACAAACAUUGCUUCUGGGACUUCAGAGAAUACAAAGGUGGUCAUUGAACAUGGUGCUGUUCCUGAGGAGGUAAGUCCAUAAUUUAAUCUCAGUGCUUUUUGCACUCUUUCCGUAGUACAUGUCUGGAUCAUGAGAUUCUUGUAGUGUUAAGACCACCCAAUGAGCACCAGAUUACUCACAAUAUGACAAUAAACAAUGAAAGUGGUUAUAAAAUUGAAUUGACUCU